UGUAGUUUAGUUACAACUCACCAUUGGCCAAAAUUGUAGGUAUUAGGUUGAAAUGACAUUUAAAGCCAAUUUGAUUGUACUUAAAAUGUACUUUAAAAAUGUACAGUGUAGAAAACAGCAUACAGAUUGUAAAUGUUAUUAGGAAAUAACGUGUAUAAUGCCAUUCUUUAACUUUGUUAACAUGAGCUCACUAAAUGAUGCCCAAUUUAGAGGGAUUAAAGCUACAAUUUUCUAGGGUAUAUGAACGUAGAAGCUCUGACUCUCGCAAUACCUCAAUGCUGUUUUACGACGGAGAGAUGUGCCACUAUAUGAAGUCGCUUUAUUGGGUACUUGACAUCCUGUGACUCUGGAGUGCGUUUCCAUUGGUCACAGAGCUGUGUCAGCCACUUAGGACGGGUGAUAAGGUCUUCCCUGCACUUCCGAAAGAGAUGUUUGUUUGGCCCGUGAUCGUAGAGGCUCUUCAGAAGGCACGCUGUUGCACACCCAGCAUAUGAUAAGAUGCUAAAAUUCAAUUCAAUUUUUUUUCACUAUAUGGCAUCGAAGUAGUAUUUUGUUAUUGGCUAGAAAAAUACAAUCAGUCUAUAUAUUUCCCAUUUAUUAUAAGCAAAUCUGGAAAUACUAUGAGGCUCUUGGUAAUUGAUGCUUGUCAAAUGCUUACAAACCUCUUUGAGAUCUACGGAUUUUCAGAUAGCAGCUGUAAUGAAAUUUCGUUCAGUGGUCACUUUCAGUCUAUCCUGCAACCUCUCACACCCCAUUUCAUUUCAAUUCCCAUCGUCACAGAUAUUUAGCCUCUCGUGUUCAAAGAUACGGAGGCCCUCUUCAGACUUUUGUCAAAGAGAAACAGUCAAUGAACUCAAGCCCCAACAUUCAAAGCAAAUCAGAAAAACAAAUAAACACUAGGCCCAAAAUCUGCCCUGGCUCACCCACCCAAACAAAAAAAACCCACCAUAACGAGGAAGGGGCUUCUGCACGUAUCAGAGAGAUGUUUACAAAGUCCUCAUUAAGGAAAAGAAACUAGAUAAGAGUGCACACGCACACACACACACACACACACACACACACGCACGCACGCACACACACACACACACACACACACACACACUCACUGGGAUACUACGAACACACUUAGAGCUUCCUAGUUUGUAGAUAAGGCAUAGAGAGAAAGUGGAGAGAGAGAGAGGGGGGGAGAGAGGAAAAACAUUUGAAAAGAGAUGCCACAGAGGGACAUCUCUUUCAAGUAGUGAAACCACCCUCACGUCAAAACUUUUAAGACAUCAGAAGGUAAGAAGAAGAAUAAAUGCUCAAAGUUCAGGAUUAGAGGGACCUUCAUUCAAUGACAGGUGUGGCUGCAGAACUUCAAACCUCAACGCACCGGAGUGAUCACUGACCCUCUGGAUAAGCAAGGGUUUACUUCUUCUGAACGCAACAAAAUAACAUUCAGGGCAUUUUUUCAUUGGAUCUAUAGACCUAAAUUCAAUCCCUGUGUGACUCCAAACCCAUUGGACUGCUUGUUUCUCAUCAUGGUUGGAAGCACGGUUUGUAAAUUGUGGAUUAUGGGGUCUUCCACACCAUCAGUUUUAUUGGCCUUCCUUGUGUUGUUUUGGGGGCCUUUCUUUGCCUGCAGUAACCCUAUCAGCUCACCGGAGAGGAUCCGCACUGGUCCAGGGCUGGAUGAUGGGAAUGGAGGUGUUCUGGAUCCCUCACUACUGGAGCAGGAAAGUGAGGUGGACAUGCAAAGCGUGCUGGAGAACCUAAAGGGGCAGUUUCUACGCACCUUUAAUCUGUCGGGUAUCCCUCCACCUGUACAGACAGGGGCCACUCGAGUGGAGCCGCCAGAGUACAUGCUGGAGCUCUACAACCGCUUCGCCAACGACCGAACAUCAAUGCCUUCUGCAAACAUUGUCCGCAGCUUUAAAAAUGAAGACUCUUCACCAUGCAGCGUGGGACCUGGUGGGGUGAGACGACACCCCCUUCUCUUCAACGUGUCAAUCCCACACCAUGAAAGAGUCACCGCCGCUGAGCUCCGACUCUACACCCUGGUCCAAACAGAUCGCCACAAAUACGCUGGCGUUGACAGAAAAGUGACCAUAUAUGAAGUGAAACAACGUGAAACAAAUACCAGUCAUCAAAUAAGAGGGGACGAUAUUGAUGGAGGACAGCCAAAUGUGCAAGAGGAGGAAACAGAACUAGUGGAGUUGGCAUCUCGACAGGUUUACGGCACAGACAAUGGCUGGGAAUCCUUUGACAUGACUGCUGCGGUGCAUAACUGGCGUGCUAAAUCAGAAUAUGGCACCACCCACAAGUUGGAGGUUCACAUCGCAAGUUUGAAUUCUCAGAGUUCUCCAGCUUCCGAAGGUGUAAAUACAGGCAAUGCCAUAGGAGGGGACAUGGACAUUGACACCAAUCUUGAGGACAAGCACAAACCCUUAAUGAUAGUCUUCUCUGAUGACCAAAGCGUAGACCACCGUGGAGACAAGCGAGAACUGAAUGAUCUAAUCCAGCAUGAGACUGCUGGGCAUGGCUUUCAGGACAACCUUGGUCUGGGGCUGACCGAUCUCUGGGACGACUUGGGACAAAAGGAUGAGAAUGAGGAAGAGGAGCAGAGUGAGGAAGCUCUCCUUCAAAUGCGCUCCAACCUCAUCUACGACACGGCGUCCAGAAUUCGACGCAACGCCAAAGGCAACCUGUGUAAAAAGAACCCCCUCUAUGUUGACUUCAAAGACAUCGGUUGGGACAGCUGGAUUUUGGCUCCCACUGGUUAUGAAGCAUAUGAGUGUGCAGGGGUCUGCACUUACCCCUUGACAAAACACGUUACACCCACAAAACAUGCCAUUGUGCAAACUCUAGUCAACUUGAAAAGUCCGCAGAAAGUCGCUAGGGCUUGUUGUGUACCCACUAAAUUAGAUCCCAUUUCCCUGCUCUACCUAGAUGAUGCAGGUGUGGUCACAUACCAGUAUAAAUAUGAAGGCAUGGUGGUAGCAGAGUGUGGAUGCAGAUAGUAUUUAAUGGAAGGAAAUGGGGUGAAGCCGGGCCAGAGCUUAGAAACUGGAAUAGAUGGAGAUAAAAACUAGCCAAACCUAUGGCCUUCAUACCGAGUUUCUUCCAAAUGGUGGUGUAAAAGAUUUACUCCCAACCUUAAAGCUGGAGUUGCAAAGUGCCUGAAUAUGAGUCAAAGUUUCACAAGGGUGUUGCGUCAAGCAAGGGACUUAUUUGGAAUCACGUGACAAGGGGCACAAUGCACGUUUUGGUGAAUUAUCCCUGCUGAAUAAGAACUGGGUGGAACAAAAGACAGUAAAUGAACCCCUGACACGCCUCAAGAUCAGCCGGGAUAAACACGCUGUUCUUAUCAGUAAAGACUAAAGUUUAAGUCGGAGAUUGUAUCAACUCGGACUCGUUGCAUACUUGGCCAUUGCGUUUGCGUCAGCAAAGUUCUGCCCAAGUGGGUGUUGUAGAGAUGGCAGCUCAGUGGAGAAUGUGAACUCAAGCACCACAGGGUCAGUCCGGUGACCCUACUAGAGACAAGAAGCCUGCGAAACUGUGCGUUUCCAGUUUCCACAAAGCUCCGUAUCGUAUCUGUCGUGACAACGCCGAGUCAAUACGCAGCUUCCUGCCUAACAGAAUGCAUUUGAUAUGAACUGUCUAAGUUAAAGUGAAACAGUUACCAGAAGAAUCUUGUAAAGAGAAGGAAGGGUCAAAACAGACCAGAAUGGACCGGUCUUGACUUCCGAUUCUGGCUUGGAACAUGCAGAACAAACAACUCUGUUGUGGAUUUUCAAGGUUGGCGGCCAGUAUUGCAAAUGUUUCAGGACACUUUUUUGGUUGUAGGGCAUCUUGAAAGUCGAUAGAGGACAAUUAGGACUGUCAACAUUAUCUGACUGGUUUAUAUGUAUUUCUUUCUCUUGGGCCAGUUAUUCUUGUUUCAUCAGGAACUUGGUAUUCUAAAAUAUGUACCAUCAUCCACGUUCUAACAUGAAAUAAACUUGCACAUCAUUUACUGACUUUUAACAGAAAUGCUAAGAUAUGAGAAGUGGGGAGUUGAAAGAGGAUGCAGAGUCACAGUGCUUGCACAGUUUGGUUUGUCUGGCUUAUUCAAUUGUUGACAGGCAGCAUCAACCCCAAGGGGGUACUGGGGGGGCCACUUUCCCCCCUCCUCCACAUGUGUCGUGCGAGCAGCUCUCCCACCCCUGUGCAGGACUGUGAUAAGGAGGUGUCAGGAUUGAGAAACAUGUGUUUGGUUCUCAAGAUCUUGGAAAACCAAUAGCAAUUCCAAACUGCAUGGAAAGUAGGGGCGGGAUUAAGAGGGCGUAUCAAAUUCUGGCCCCAAUAAAGGAGAUUUGCAGCAUUCUCCCCCAUGGCUUUACUGAACCUCCUUUUGAGUCUUGCUCCCCUGAAACUUUCUGUCACGUCUCCAAGGAACAGAUGUUGGAUCCUGUUGGAUCCUUAUCGCUGUUGGGGCAAGAGGAUGAAUGGAAACGGUCUCGCAAGGUCAUCCCCACCCACAGAUACACUCCGCAAGACUUUUCAGUCAUCACCAUCUCUGAUAAUAUCUGCCAGGAUUUUUCUCAUGCUUGAAAGAUACUUCACAUUACUGGCUUUACAUAACAUUACUAUCAGACUCUAUUGUUAAAAUACAAUUUAUGUUCUGCUGCUUGGAUUUAUGAUGAAGCUUAUUUAUUGAUUAAUUUAUUUUUAAAUAUUAUUCUUUAGGUGACUAACAAUAUUGUACAUAUGACUAAGUACACUAUACAGAGUACAUCAUGAUACUGUUUUGCAAACAAAUAUGUGUAUACUUUAUUUUGUAUGAGUUCAUUUUAAAUUAAACGUAUUAUUUUGUGAUAAUUUAUCUUUUGGCAUGUGUAGUGUGUGUUGCAGCACUCAGCAAUGUCUGAUUUUGUGAAUGUUUAUCAAUCCAUUCACAAGUACUGACUUUGUUUUAAGAUUUGUAUAUCUUAAAAUAUGUUGUUAAUCCUCCAGUUCACUGCACCCAGACACUCUAAAAUAGAUUUAGGCACUGUCAGUCCAGAGCUCGCUGUUUAGAUAUUGGGUUGGGGAGCUAUUCAUAAAUUUCACUUCCCAUUGAAAACCAGCAGCUCAAAGGCCCGGAGUUUACAUGUCAAACACAUCCACAUUCAUGGGAAGCUGACUGGAAACUAAUGACCACACAGACUCUCCUGGUCUGUUGCUUGAGGCUAUGCAGAUGUGUUUAGCGCUUUUUUUAGAUUGUUUUGGGGUGCAGGGUUUUUUAAAAAGUCGCUUUGUUCAAAAUAUAUUUAAGAUAUGAAAUAUGCUUUGGUAAUUUGUUGUUGCCUGGUGCCAUUGUAAAAACGAUGUAUUUUGGCAUGUACAAAUGCACAUUGAAAAUGUAAAUAAAAUAAAUAUUUUAA